UGUAGUGUAUAAGUCAGUGAAGCCUAUAAAUAGUAGCACGAAGCUAGAGCAAGUUCCAUCCAUCAGCUGCCUAGCUAGUAGCAUUGCACAGUGCAUCUUCUUCUCUUCCACGAUCGCCAUGACUUCCUCCUCGCCGCUGCUGUUGCUCGUCCUCAUUCUGGCUUUGUCAUCAUCAUCGCCGGUUCUUUUUGUCGCGGCGAGAGCCGGUGCAGGCAACUACUACCAUGUGGCAGGCUCACGGCUCACGCACAUCCGCAUGUACAUGCACGAGACCUUCGCCGGCCCGAAUGCCACGCUGAUCAUGUCCGUGCCAUCCCCGUUGGGCGGCAACGCGACAUUUGGGUCGGUGGGCGUGCUAGACAACGAGCUGCGCAACGGGCGGGACCGCCAGCGCUCGGCCCUCCUGGGACGGUUCCAGGGCGUCUUCGCCGGGGCUGGGCAGGUGAACCCGCCGGGGCUGGUGUCGGCAAUCAACCUGGUGUUCACAGCGGGCGAGUACCGUGGUAGCACGCUGGCCAUGCUAGGCCCCGUGUUGGCCUUUGGGGUCCCGAUCGAGCGCGCUCUCGUGGGCGGCACCGGGAAAUUCAGGAUGGCGCGUGGCUACUGCGUCAUGACGUUCCUUGAGACCACCUCGCCGGUGUCCCUCGUCAACCAGCUCGACCUGUUCGUUGAGAUGCAUCCUGCUGCGGCUUAUUGAUCCUUUUUUCCUCUGUUAUAUCGUGUAUUCGUGUACCGCGUAUCAUUAUUAAUUGGUUUAUCGUGUGUGGCAUGUGUCGUGCGUGCGUGUUGUGUGAAGUGUUCCAAUGUUCUUGAAGAGACAAUAAAAUGUGCUUGAUUUUUA